AGCGGAAAGGGCGGGUCGAGAGGGGGUAACAGUUGUGACUGACUUGUGAUUUUCAGCUUUCUGCGAAGAAAAGGGGAGAAAGAGGACGAUGUUAUGUUUAAAAUGGUUAAAGUACAGACGGGGGAUUGUUUCAUAGAAUCCGACUCCAAACAGCCAUAAGAAAUCGAAAAGAAAGGAAGACAUGAUAGGAGAAAAGCACAAGGAAUGUGGCUAUUGCAAAAGAGACGGACACGGUUCGUUUACUCGUGUGCUGUCGUGUCUUGUUUGACGUGAGACGGGUCUCUGUCUUUAUUCUCUCAUCUUCCAUCUUCUGGGACCUCUCAUUGGUAUAUUCUGGCUCACACAGAUAGGUAUUAUGGUCUGUGUGAGAUUGAUGAAGGAAGUGCGAUUGUGAGAUGGCCCUGAACAGCACAGACAAUGAUCAUAUUCCACAAACACAUACCAGAGUGGUAGUGAAUGAAACAGGGAUGUCUACUUUGAAAAUGACUAAAUGCAGAAUUUUCUUCAAGGCCAGAAUAUCUGAUAGCUGAUAACCCUUUGCUUCAGUGUAGUUAACUAUCAGGCUUCAUGGUUAAAUAUCAGACAACGGACACUCUUGAUUGUGCUGUAAAAGAACAUGCUUGGACGAUUCUUUAGAAAAAACAUGUCCCAGAAACUUGGUAUACUUUUAUUAAUUUUUGGCUUUAUUUGGGGAUUAAUGUUAAUGAAGUACACAUUUCAGCACCCAAGACACCAAAGCAGCGCUGAGCUACGAGAGCAGAUACUUGAACUAAGUAAAAGAUACGUCAAAGUUCUAGCUGAGGAAAAUCAAAAUGUUGAUGGUCUCCGUGGUACAUCAAUGGCUGGAUAUGCUGACUUGAAAAGGACAAUUGCUGUCCUCUUGGAUGAUAUUUUGAAGCGACUGGUGAAACUGGAAAACAAAGUUGACACUGUCAUUAAUGGUUCUGUUGUGAAUACUACGAGUGUAGUUGCUGGGAUUUCAUCCGUAGCUAAUAAGCAGCUGGGCAAGACAGAUACAAUGAGAUAGCAAGUAUUGUUUUAAGCUAAAAGCAAAAAGCAUGUUGCACUAAGCAGCAGUCACCUUGAUCUAAUAAUACUUGUACAUUAAUGAUUAAACAGAAUGGUACAAAGCUUGUAUUUUGCCAUGCAUUUUUCUUCUGAAAUAAUCUUAAUGUAAGAUUGUCUGUAUGGGUGCUUAAAGUUAGUAGUGGUUUUAAUACAGCACUUGCUGUUGAUUACGAGCUUUUUUUACUACAUUUAUUUAAUUUUUUAAAUGAAAAACUAUGAAAGUAUGAGUUUUAUUAGCUUUCAGUUAAAUAGUAUUGCCAAAGUUUUUUAUGGCAAAAACCAUAUAUGAAAAGUUACUGUGAUACUAUAUAAUAGGUGUCAUUGUAAUAGCAAAAGUAAUGUAAGAGUAACCUUUAAUUCUACACUGAUGUUAUAUAUUUUUUUAAACAAAAUCUGUCUUAUUGAAAUUCAGUAGUAUGUAUGUAUAUACGUGUGUGUGUGUGUGUGUGUGUGUGUGUGUGUGUAUGUGUGUAAGUGCAUUCAGUAUUAAGUAAUUAAUUCCCAGUAUUUUAAAUAUAGCACAGCCUAUGUACUAGUAAAUGUUUCUAAUAUUUUUUUAUCCAGCCAUUUUACAAUGUAUAUGAAUGGUAAAUAAACAGGAGAAUAUUUUUCAUCGUAUCAAUUCAUUUGCGUGUAUUAAAAUGAUACAAGCAGAAUAUAUGUUUAUUAAACAUGUUGAAACAUGUAAGAGAUUAUUGUAUAGUAAUUGGCCUUAAUAAAAGUACAUUGUAAAAAUAAACAAAGCUGGUCACAAAUUAGAUUUAUUUAAUUUGUUAUAAAGGUGGAUUUCUGUUAAAAUGUGGUGAUAGUUAAGUAAACUCCUACUGUACUAGAUUAAGAUUAUUACAGAUUCUGUGAGGAGUAUAUAAUUAAUAUACUGAUUGUUUAUAUCUGUGAUGAAACUAUUUAUAUCUGUGAUGAAACUAAAUUGGGUCACAUACAACCAGAAUUUAUUUUGGCAAGUGAUGCUUUUGAUUUACUCACCAGUGGCUACAACAGCUGAAAAAAUAUAUGCUACAUGCCCACAUAGCAUAUGCCCAGAUAUGUUAAAUUAUCACUGCUGUUGCUGGAAUUUGAAAAACAAAACUGUCUCUUUUGGAUUCAAAAAGCUGAAUGAAUACAAAGGACAGGCAGAUGCUUUUCAACUGCCACUGAAUUGACAUCCUUGACAGUGUGCUUGGCUGCAAAUGUAAAAUUUUCCUUUAAGGCCUUUAUUGAUACCAACCUAUAAAAUUAUGCUACGUUCUAUUGAAGUGGCCUACGGUACAUUCAGAAUGGAUACAGUCCUGUUCCUUUUGGGUGCACUGCUGGUUUUGAUUGUUUCUUCUAUGAUGCAUAGAAGAUAAUGUGUACAAAAAAAGUAGAUUUUGUAAAAUUGCACAAAAGAGAUAAAAAAAUGCUGAAUGAACUCCCUUCUCCAACAAAAACUGUAACAUUGCUGUUUUACUCAAAGCAAUAAUUCUUUCUUUUAGAAAGUGUAAGCAGGGUAGUUACUGUGAAUAUUCGAUAGUGAGAUAGCAUUGAAAAUACUGUAUAUUGGCAGGGUGAAAAAGGGACAAUGGCUGAUAAUCCGGGAACUGAGCAUUAGAAUAUGAAAAAAAUUUUAAUCUGGAAAGAAUUGAGUAUCUCUCUAUUAUUAUAAUAAAAAAAAAAUCUUUGGGCGGAAGACUAGGGGACGAGAUCUGAUCUUUUCAGAAGACAAUUUGAAGUCCAUUCAGUAUUAACAGACACUUUAACUUGCUCCCAGCUCUUAAAACAAUGACAAGCGACAAGCAAAACACGCAGCUCACCAGCAGCAGAAAGUCAUCAGAUGAUCCGACCGCUUCUCCUUCGCGUACAUUGAGACCCCCCCUUCACAACGUGAGUGGCAGAGACACGAAGUGGCAAAAGGACAGCUGCUGUACAGGCUUUGAAAUGAUCGGGCAAUGAGACAAGCAGAACAGGCAGCUCGCCAGCAGCAGAAAGACAGCAGCUGAUCCGACGGCAUCUCUUUAGCGUGCGUUCAGCCGCACCACCUUCACAACGCGAGCAGCGUUAUAUGUCCUACGAGAAAGAGAUGUAACCACGCCCAUGGCUGGAAAUAAAGGACAAGUAUUGUUUUUACAAAAGUUUUAAAGUAAAAGUGAAAAUAAUGCAUAUGUAACAAUUCCCAUGAAAAUAGCAACUCUUUUUAAAUUGGAUAUCCAGUAAACCAAACCUAGUUUUUUAAAAGGAAAAUAUUGUGCCUUUGAAAUAAAUUAUGUUGAAGCUUUUGGAUUAUGUACGCAUGUGUAUAUUUUAUAUUUUGCAUAGUGAAUCAACAGGUGCCAUGAAGCUCAUAAUAAUAAAAAUUCAAACCAA